UCGAGUUCACUUCCGCGUUCUUUGCAUAGCAACAGGAGGUGAAAGGAAGAUGGCGGAGAGCCCCGUGUUCAGGUAAACAGCGUGUGAAGAAUAUGAGUGAAAGGAGUUUCGGAGGAGCGGAAGCGGUUCACUGAGACACCAGCAGGAGCGGUGAGGUUCUCCUGCGGCGUCAUGGCCUCCAACACCGGCCGGCUGAGCCAGCAGGCCCUGGCGGUGCUGGACGUGGCGCUGCGGGUCCCUUGUGUUUUCAUCAUCGACGCCAUUUGUAACUCGUACUCCGAUCCGGCGGAUGACUGGACCGGAAAAGCUGGACAGGUUCUCCUUCGGGUGUUUGGUAUUGCGGUGUGCAGUGUUGUGCUGGUGUUGUCCCAGAAGUCCCUGCUGAAGUUCUACUCCCUGCUCAUGGGCAUGCUGCUCGGAUCCACCGCCGUGCUGCUAAACUACUACGCUACGUCGCACGUGGACUCGUACCGAGCGACGCCCAGCUUUGGGCUGCUUCCUCGUGCCAGACCUGCGCUGUGGCUGGCUGUGGCUGCACUGCAGCUCCUCUUAGCCUCGGGCUACGUUCUGCUGCUCGGCGUCAAGUCGCCGUACUCCACCCUGAUGAUGCUGGACGUCCUGGUGCCCGUGUCGGGGCUCUUCGUGGAGCUUCCGGUGGACGUGAGGCGGACGUUGGCAGUGGUCUCGGGAUCGGUGCUAGGCCUGAACACCGCCGUGUGCCUGCUCGUCCGCUUUAAGAGACUCUACUACUCGUGCCGUUACGUGUACUUACUGGUGCGGCACAUGUACCACAUCUACGGCGUCCAGCUGCUUCUGGAGGACACGUGGAAGAGGAUUCGAGUGCCGGAUGUGCUGCGGGUUUUCUGGCUCACCCGUGUCGCCGCGCAGGCUGUGGUUCUGAUCUAUGCGGUGAGGGUGGCUCAGGUGGAGGAGAACGGCGAGGCGGCGGCCUACGUGACGUGGGACGUGCUGUGGGAGCUGUGCAGCAGUCUGAUCAUCAGUGGCUGUGACUCGACGCUCACCGUGUUGGGCAUGAGCGCCGUGAUCUCGUCCGCGGCGCACUAUUUGGGGCUGGGAGUCCUGGCGUUCAUCGGCUCAGCCGAAGACGAGGAAGACCGGCGGCUGGGCUUCGUAGCACCGGUGCUGUUUUUCAUCCUGGCUCUGCAGACGGGUUUGAGCGGCCUGGAGCCGAGCGAGCGUCUGGUGCGCCUGAGCAGGAACCUGUGCUUGCUCCUGACCGCCGUCCUGCACUUCGUACACGGCAUGACGGAGCCGGUCCUGAUGGCGCUGAGCGCCUCGCACGUGCAGUCCGUGCGCCGCCACGCUCCCGCUCUGCUCGUGUCCCUGGUGCUGUUGACGCUGCCGGUGGUGCUGAGCGGCAUGCUGUGGCGGCGCUACGCGCUCAACACCUGGCUUUUCGCCGUCACGGCGUUCUGCGUGGAGUUGUGCCUGAAGGUCCUCGUGUCGCUCACAGUCUACGCGCUGUUCAUGGUGGACGGGUAUUACGGUACGCUCUGGGAGAAGCUCGACGAUUACGUGUACUACGUGCGCUCGGCCGGGAACGUGGUGGAGUUCAUCUUCGGAAUCGUCAUGUUCGGGAACGGCGCCUACACCAUGGCGUUCGAGUCGGGCAGCAAGAUCCGCGCGUGCAUGAUGUGCCUGCACGCCUACUUCAACAUCUACCUGCAGGCGAAGAGCGGCUGGAGGACGUUCGUCAAGCGGCGCGCGGCCGUCCGUCGGAUCCACUCUCUGCCCGAGGUCACGGGCACCGAGCUGCACGGCGUCGAGGACGUGUGCGCCAUCUGCUACCAGGAAUUUGCAACAGCCGCACGCGUCACCCCGUGCCACCAUUAUUUCCACGCACUUUGCUUGCGUAAAUGGCUGUACAUCCAGGACACGUGCCCCAUGUGCCAUCAGAGAGUGUACGUCGAGGACGACGCGCAGCAGCGCGCACCUUUCUCAAACAACAACGGCCAGGCGCCGGCCGGAGACGAGCAGGAGGGGCUUGAAGCAGCGGGAGGAGGAGCUGAAGCAGGACAGGCGCUGGGGGCGGAGCCUGAAGACGAGCUGCUGGAGGAUAAUGACAGUAUAGAGUAUGAUGAAGACGAGUGGGGGACACAGAGCACAGCGAGUCCCGUAGAGGAGGACUACAUUAACGACGACACGGACUCGAAUACUGACUGAAAUAAAUUUUAAGUUUAAAAAAAAAAAAAAUUUGAGAUCAGGGAUUUGCUCUUUUAUCGUGUGUGUGUGUCUCACUCAAAAGGGCUGAUUGGAGUUAAAACAAACUGAAAGUUGAGUCCAUUCCAAAGUCAGAGACACUUUUUUGUGUGUGUGUUUUAUGAAAGGCACGGACGGAGUGUUUUGCUGCUGGACGGAGAGAGAUCCUCUCGUCUCGUCUCUGGCUGCUCCGCUUACGCGACGAGAGGUCGAAAGUGACAUACUACUUACUGUAAUCACACAGAUUUACCUCUUAAUGGCUACUAUUGGUCUCUUGUGUGACCUUGCUUUAAGUUUAUGUACAUUGUUGUACAUGUCGGGGAGGGGGAGGGGGGGAACGACAGCGCGGGUCGUGUUCCGUUGUGCGUUCUCCGAGGAGCGUCUCGCUUCACCACCAUAUCGGUGUUAAACUGCACAUUUCAGUUCAGUUGCAGCUGUCUGUGGCACUUGUUGUUGGUUUUGCACUCUGUUACCCAUUCCACAGUAAAUCUCUCUCUCUCACGCAGAUGUCUUUAUUAUGGAAUUAAUCUUGUGCCAAAAUGUUCAU